UUGCAAACUAAAGCCAUGCAAAUUGGUGCCCCCUCUAAUCUGAAACUGUCAACGUCAACAACCUCUUUCUAUCUUCAACUGCAGGUUCAUGGUCAAGUCUACGACCCCAACGUGUGUCAUUGUGUCUAUCCAGCUUCAAGGACGUUUCUCAACUCAUUCUAUACCCUAGGCGUUGUGAUGCUGACCGUGAUGGUUUGCUGUUUCCUCGUGUUUGGAGUCCAGAAAGGGGACGAAAAUGUUCUCAAUUCAUCGCGAAGAGGACGAAGCAUCGAUGGGAGUGUGGGGAGUAGUGGGAGUCACCACAUCCAUCCUCGAAGCAGCUGUUCGUAUUCCCAGUCGCGAUUCAGAGAUGAGGACUUCUUUGAGGAUCCCGAGCAACGCACUCGACUCACCAACCAUCAUGGGCACUCUCACCACACUCAUCAUGGGCACUCUCACCAUCACCAUAAUCAUAAUCACCAUACAUCCAAUCCAAAUGGGAACACGGGUGCGCCCAGAUGAACGAUGAUCCCCAAUCUUUGCUCCGAUUUGAACGAAUUUCAAAUGAGCUGGUGGCCAUUUCUCAUGCUUCAAUUGGAGCCACCCAAACCCCAAGGAUUCCUUUCAGAGAUGAAUGGAGAUCUGGAUUUGAGCACGCCUCUCUACGUUCUUUCCGAUGUUGUCACAGUUCAAAGUUACCAAUCCUGGCAAUAAAAAUAGAUAUGUUAUUGAGAAUCUAGUUGAG